AUGUCUUGUACAAAUAGUGAAAUAGAAGAUGAUGAACCACAAUCAAAAACGCAACCUUCUCUCUGGAAGCCUCAUAUUACGCAUAUGGAAUUUAAGGCGAAAAAAAAAGUAAAUCCCGACGAAUUGAAAGUUAUUAAACGGGCCUAUACAUUAAAUAAAACCGCGAUAGAUCAAGGUAUUAAACUAAUACAGGCUGUAAAUUAUAACAACACUCAAGAAGUAGAAAAGUUACUGGAUUCUGGGGUAGACCCAAACAGUAAUGAUAGAGAAUUGCGAAGUGCUUUGCAUAUAGCUGUAAGUAAGGGGUAUGCAGACAUAGUGGAGCUUUUGUUAAAUUAUGGGGCUGAUCCCAACAAAAGGGAUGUUAUACAAAACACCCCAUUACAUUUAGCAGUGUGUUUGCCCAAUCUAGCUGUAAUUACUAAGCUAAUUAAUGCCAAGGCUGACGUUAGAUCAAUUAAUUUACAUGGGAGAAACCCAUUGGAGUUGGCCUCGAGUAAGCUUACAAUACUACAGAGAGGUUGGAGGGAGGGGGCCAUAGAAAUGGUGAAAUUAAGAUCAGAAAUAAGACAGGUAAUUGAUUUGCUUUUUUCACUUUUCACAAGAGGAUUGGAUCAAGUUGAUAAAUUAAAUACAAGUGAUCUUCAAUUAAUGAAACUAUCUCUGGAUACUAAAAAACCUGAGGAACUUGAUGAUGAUAUGUCUAAGUUACUGAGUGAUAUAGAAAAAUUUAAAAUUGCAUAG